AGACAGAGGAAGAAGAAGAUACGGCAAGGCAGCUCUAGUGGAUCUGAUCUGGUCUGGUCUGGUCUAUCUAUCAAAGUGAGUCGCACUUCCCAUUCAUCUGUGUGUGUGUGUGUGCGCGCUUCAGCUUUCUUAACUUUUGGCUAUUUGAUACAAAUCCUCAUUUCAUGUAGUUGAGAAUCAGAUAGAUUGUUGCUGUUGCUCACAUAAUUGUAAAUUACAUGAUAUAGGCGUCUUGGUAAUGGGAAAGCUGAGCCUAUUUUGUAUCUUUUGUCCAUGCAUGGACAAAACUGUGUUCAGUAUUUAUGGGACAUAUGAAAACCUUUAGACCCAUUACCAGCAGUUUUGAAGUUGGUGAGGUGGAUGGUAAGUGCAGAGUGGAUUUGAAUUUUCCCACACCAACAACAACAACAGUGAUGGAGGCCAUUUCAAUUGUAGAGGAGCCUCAUGAUGCCAUGGAGUUUGAAUCCCAUGAAGCUGCAUAUGAUUACUACAAAGCAUAUGCCAAGUCUGUGGGUUUCGGCACUGCUAAAUUGAGCAGUCGUCGAUCUAGGGCGUCCAAAGAAUUCAUUGAUGCCAAAUUUUCAUGCAUAAGAUAUGGAAACAAGCAGCAGUCCGAUGAUGCCAUCAAUCCCCGGCCUUCCCCCAAAAUUGGUUGCAAGGCAAGCAUGCAUGUGAAGCGCAGGCCCAAUGGUAAUUGGUAUGUCUAUAGUUUCGUAAAGGAGCACAACCAUGAGCUUUUACCGGCUCAAGCACAUUUCUUUCGCAGCCACAGAAAUGCAGACCCUCUUAAGAAUAACGAUGUUAGGAUGCGAAGACGGAAGAAUGUGAAUUCAGUGUCCAGCUUAUUCAGUGCAUAUCAAAAUGUUGAUUGCUUAGAGAGUUAUUUGAGAAAUCAGCAUGAUAAGGGGCGGUCCUUGUCUCUAGAGUCAGGGGAUGCUCAAGUGCUACUGGAAUGCUUUAUGCGCAUGCAGGAAGAAAAUCCAAAAUUCUACUAUGCAGUUGAUCUAAAUGAAGAGCACCGGUUGAGAAAUGUGUUCUGGGUAGACUCCAAAGGAAUGGAAGACUACACCAACUUCAGUGAUGUUGUUUUCUUUGACACCACAUACUUCACAAACAAGUAUAAAAUGCCCUUGGUUCUUUUUAUAGGAGUGAACCAUCAUAUUCAACCCACGUUAAUGGGUUGUGCAUUGAUUGCGGAUGAGACGGUUUAUACUUUUGUGUGGUUAAUGCAGACAUGGUUAAUAGCAAUGGGGGAACAAGCUCCACGAGUGAUACUCUCUGACCAGAACGACGCCAUCAAAGCGGCUAUUGCAGCAGUAUUUCCAGGCACACGCCAUUGCUUUUCUUUGUGGCAUAUAAUGGAGAAAAUACACGGGCAGCUCGAGUUUUGGAGCAUGUGGAAUGAUACUUUUAUGGCCGAGUUUAAUGAGUGUGUUUUUAAGUCCUGGUCAGAAGAACAAUUUGACAAGAGAUGGUGCAAACUGCUUGAUAAGUUUAAUCUGAGAGAAGUUGAAUGGAUUCAGUCCUUGUAUGAAGAUCGUACUCAUUGGGUGCCCACUUUCAUGAGAGAUAUAUCCUUUGCUGGAUUGUCUCCAACUUCACGGUCGACAAGUUUGAAUUCAUCAUUUGACAAAUAUUUCCAAGCGGAAACUUCAGUACCAGAGUUUAUGGAAAGUUACAGGGUAAUUCUUGAAGAUAGGUAUGAAGAGGAAGCAAAAGCAAAUUUUGAUGCUUGGCAUGAAACACCCGAGUUGAAGUCUCCAUCACCUUUUGAGAAGCAACUGGCACUGGUGUACACACGGGAAGUUUUUAAAAACUUCCAACUGGAGGUUUUGGGAGCAGCUGCUUGUCAUCUUAAGAAAGAAAGUGAAGACAUGACAACCACAACAUACAGUGUAAAAGAUAUUGAAGAUGAACAGAAUUAUAGAGUGGAGUGGAACGAAUCGAAGUCGGAUAUAUGUUGUUCGUGCCAUUCAUUUGAGUAUAAGGGUUAUCUCUGCAGACACGCUAUUGUUGUUCUCCAAAUGUCUGGUGUUUUCACCAUACCUGCCAAAUAUGUAUUGCAGCGGUGGACAAAUACUGCUAUGAGCAGGCAUGCCAUUGGCGAAAAACUGGAUGAGGUACAAUCUAAGGUCCGUCGUUACAAUGAUUUAUGUCGACGAGCCAUUAUAUUGGGUGAAGAAGGGUCACUUUCUCAGGAGAGUUAUGAUGUAGCAUUAUGUGCCAUAAAAGAAGCCUUAAAGCAAUGCACGAGUUUGAACACCUCUGUUGAAAGCAAUGCAAAACCUAAUGACUCGGCAGUUGAUGGUAUUUGUGGUAUUGAAGUGAGUCAGUGUGGUAUGACAUCUGAUGACAAGAUUUUUGGUCCGAAAGUGAGUACUGCUAGCAAGACUCCUAGGAGAGUUGGGACUGGGAAAGUGGUGGCAAGGCAUGGGAAAGGAAAGGUACCUCAGCCGGAAGGUAUGAGAGUUGGAACACAAGACCAGUUUUCCCAAAUGCAAGUUUGUUCUGAGACAAGGCCGCCUAUGCUGAUGCAGCUACAUAAUGUGGUGCCUCCGCAGUUGCAUAAUAUGGUGCCAUCAAUGUUUCAAAAUGUCGCACCGGCACAGUUCCAUAACGUGGCUUGUUCGACACCUGUGCAGGAGAAUCGUCUCCCUCAAUAACUUGGAACUUUUCCUCCUCUUUUUAAGAAUCGAGUGUUGUUUAUAUAUCCAUGUACAGUAGAAAGUAGAGACGAACUGAACUGAAGUGGUGUAGGUUUCAGCACUCCUCAGUUUUACAGGUGCGUGCUAGUGGGGUCCUGAGAACUGUUAAAAAGUAUGCAAAUACAUCGUAUAUGUUGUGCACCUGGAUUUCUAUUUGGUGAUAGGACUCUAGGAGUAAUGAAAAAAAAAACAGACGGAGAGUCGUUGAUGAUUCUUGCACCUUUUGUCAAGAGGCUUUGUCUCAUUUCCUACGUCGGUGAGAGGAAAAGAUGGAAUCGGAUUCCAGCAUCCGUUUUUCAUCGCCAAUUUCGUAUCUCAGAAAGUGCGCUUGGUUCCUUCUUUCUUCUUCUUGGCAGAGUUUAAAAUUAGUUGGAUGGCGGUGUUGGGAUUCUAUAGCCGGACUCCGUUGACGUUUUUGGUUAUAAAUUUGAUUCAUAGAGGAAUUAGUGUUAGUAUGAUACUUGUAUCACAUCACUUGUCAAGUGGCGGCAUCUAAGCAUUUGCAUCCGAUUCCGCUCCCCCGCUUCACACGUACCACACGGCUACAAAAUCAGGUCACAGGUCGACUCAACCCGCCAGAAAAAGGAGUAGAGUACAAGGUUUGGAGAGGAAUCAGGUCCCACCACCGAAACCGAAAAGAUCGCAGCAGCAGAGCAGGCCCUAUUUAUAAUCCGUGAUUGAGGAGAGGACCCAUCUCAUCUCAUCUCAUCUCAUCUCAUACCAAAAUAAAAUAAAAAAAGAAGUUGGGUGUGUAAUCACAAUCUCUCUCUCUCUCCCUCUCUUUACGCAAACAAUGUCUAACAGUAAUGGGCAGCCUCCGCGACGCCACCGCAUCGGCUACGCCUUCCCGCCGAAGAAAGAGCAGACCUUCAUCCAACCGUCGCUGAUCGCCCACGCCGGACAACACGGCAUCGAUCUGGUCCCCGUCGAUGCCGCCAAGGCCUUGACCCAGCAGGGCCCCUUCGACUGCAUCAUCCACAAGCUGUACGACGACGACUGGAAUCAGCAAUUGAAGGAGUACUCGUCUCUCUAUCCCCGCACCGUCAUCCUCGAUCCGCCCGAGUCCAUCGCCCGCCUCCACAACCGGGUCUCAAUGCUCGACGUCAUCAAAGCCGCCUUCAAAGCCCCGCGAGUCGAGAAUGUCGGGGUCCCCAAGCAGGUCCUGAUCCACGACGCGGCCGAACUGGAAUCCGAUCUGGGAUUGAAAUUUCCGGUGAUUGCAAAGCCUGUGCUGGCCAAUGGCAGCGCCAAGUCGCACCAAAUGUCUAUGGUUUUCAGCGGCGAGGGGUUGAAGAAGGUCGAGACCCCCAUUUUGCUGCAGGAGUUUGUCAACCACGGGGGUACCAUCUUCAAGGUCUAUGUCAUCGGGGAUUACACCGAGUGCGUCAAGCGUAGGUCGCUGCCCGACAUCUCCGACGAGCAGCGCACCAAAUUGGCCGGGGUUGUGGUCCCUUUCUCCCAGAUUUCCAAUGAAGAAGUUAACAUUGAGGGUGUUGAGAUGCCGCCACCUGGGUUUGUGGAGGAGCUGGCCAAAGGGAUUUGCGACGGCCUCAAACUCAAUUUCUUCAACUUCGAUGUCAUCAGGGAUUCCAAUGACAAGCAUAGCUAUUAUGUUAUUGACAUCAAUUACUUUCCUGGCUAUGCCAAACUCCACAACUUCGAGCACCUUUUGACAGACUUUUUCUUGGCUGUACUUUCCCACAAGUCCAUGUCUCAGCAGUCCCAGUCUCAGCUUGAACAAGAAUGAGGACCCCAGCUGGUAGAUUAGAGGAGAGCUCUCAUUGAGUAUUUACUACUUUUCAAGGCAAGGCAUCCCUCUUACUGGGGUUUUCAUUUGCAAUUUAGCUAACAUGUUAUGUCAGUUCUAAGUUGUAAAAUGCCGAAUAACUAAUAAUGCUACUUUCCAAUUUCA